AUGGCCCAACCAACUAUCAGUAAUUUCUUCAAGAGAAAACCAAUAGGACAACUUGAAGAAGGCAGUAAAAGGCAAAAGGCUGAGAUUAUUUCAGUGGAUAUCGAAGAACCAAAAGAAACGUCUAAUCAGCAAUCGAAUACUAGCCCAUCGACCACGUCUCUGUCUUCUUUUAAGUAUGAAGUUUCAGAUCGAACAGUACCUGUUAACUUUGAUGCAAGAUCAGUUACUCCAGAAUCAGCAAAAAAGAUUGAAAAGCCAAAGAAACGUGCUAAAUCUUCAACUUCCUCAAACUUGACUCCUCUAGAACAACAAUUCAUUUCAUUAAAGGCUAAUCAUAAAGAUAAAAUAUUGGCCAUCCAAGUCGGCUACAAGUACAAAUUCUUCGGCGAAGAUGCAAAAGUGGCAUCGGGUAUUCUUGACAUUAUGUUUAUUCCAGGAAAAGUAUCUUUGGACCCCAACAAUUCAGAGGAGACAGAUUACGACAGAUAUGCCUACUGCUCUGUUCCUGAUACGCGCCUUCAUAUCCAUCUAAAGAGACUCUUGAACAAAGGACUGAAAGUUGGAGUGGUGAAACAAAUGGAGACUGCUGCAAUAAAGAGCAAUUCUGCAAACAAGAGCACACUCUUUGAGCGGAAAUUGACCAAUGUCUAUACGUCUGCGACCUAUAUUGACGAUACAAAUGAACAAGAUUUGGAGUCAAAUAAGGCUGGAAGCUUCAUUUUUUCCAUAUGUGAGAAGAAGAAUAGACUCUCGGUGAUGGCUGUAAACUUAAUUAAUAGCGAGAUAGUAUAUGAUUCUUUUGAAGAUACUCAGAUAAGAACUAAUUUGAGAACACGGUUACAAUACUUAGAUCCUGCAGAAUACGUGACGAUUGGCGAGCUAUCAAAGGAAACAGAGCAGUGCAUUAGUUCCUUUAUUAUGGAGAAAAGCAUUGGGCGAAAUUCAAUGACGAUUCGUAGAAUCCCCUACCAGCUAGAUGCUCAAUACUUGGAUAAACUAACAGAAUUUGUUUCUGCCUCGUCGAAUCCUGUAGAUUCUGCAUUAUUAUUGGAGUUCAUCACUGAACUACCGUCUCAUCUGCAAAUGUGCACAUACGGUUUGGUUGAAUAUCUCACUGAAUUUGGUCUUUCCUCCGUAUUUUUACUAAAAAGAAACUAUCAUCGAUUUAGUGACUCCAACAAGUAUAUGAUACUAGACUCUAAUACUUUGAAAAGCAUUGAGAUUUUGAACAACAAUACCAAUGGAGAGGAGGUUGGAUCCCUGUUAUGGCUACUAGACCAUACGAGAACGAAAUUUGGUUACAGAUUGCUUCGAAAAUGGAUCACUAAACCGCUUAUUGAUCGGGAACAGAUUCUGAAUCGCUCUGCAGCCAUUAGAGAUCUCAGCCUUCAUUUCAAAUCCAUUUUGGUGGAAAAACUCUGUUUUUUUCUGUCCAAUACAAAUGAUCUGGAGAGAAGUCUAAGUAGAGUCUACUUUGGUAAGACAACUCGUAAAGAAAUGUAUUUGGUGCUCAAAAAAUUCAACGAAAUUUUAGCUUUCAUGCAAAACUACUCCAAAGCUGAAAUUGAUCAGCUUCAGCUGGAAUCCUCAUUGUUGCGGGAAGAAUUCCUCACACUGCAUCAAUUGGCAACUUCUGAGUUGAAAAGUUUUACCGCCUACCUGGGGAUGAUUAACAGUGCUGCUGCUAUGGAUGAGUCGGACGAAAAAACACAUGUAACCAAUUAUUUCUCUUCAGAUUUUUUUGAUUAUGACAAGAUUGCUGUUGAAAAGAGAAAAGUCCAAGAGUUGGAAACCCUUCUAGAAAAAGAGUUGAUCAACAUACGUCAAAUCUUAAAACGCCCCUCCAUGGAAUACAUUAGCAACAACAAAGAACCAUAUUUGAUAGAAGUUCGAAACUCCACUGUCAAAAGUUUACCCAAAAACUGGAUAAAGAUCAAUGGAACAAAAACGGUAUCCAGAUUCCGAACUCCAGAAACAACCAAACUUUACAAACAGUUACAAUACCUUGAAGACCUAGUCGUCAUUGCGAACGAAUCGUGUUUUUCAUCUUUUUUGCAUUCAAUCAAAAGCCAGAGACCUUAUCUCAGCAGAGUUGUUUCCGCUUUGGCAACUUUAGACUGCUUAAUCUCUUUAACAGCUUCAUCUUUCAAUGGAGUAAAUAAUUGCCAACCAGAACUAGUUGACUCUCCUAUGAUCCAGUUGGAAGGCUCAAGAAAUCCAGUCAUUGAAAGCCUUACGAAAACUGGAUAUAUUGAUAACGAUUUUAGCAUGUCCCAGAAAGAGAAUAGAGUGAGCAUUAUUACGGGUCCCAAUAUGGGAGGAAAAAGCUCAUUUAUCAGACAAAUUGCAUUAAUAGUUAUAAUGGCGCAAAUCGGAUGUUCUGUUCCUGCCACUAAUGCUAAACUUGGCGUCUUUGACUCAAUAUAUAUCAGAAUGGGUGCACACGACGAUAUAAUAGGCGGCCAAUCUACGUUUCAAGUCGAACUUAGUGAAUGCUCAACAAUUAUCAAUAACUGUACACCCAAGUCCCUGGUCUUAUUGGACGAAAUAGGUAGAGGCACUUCUACGGUAGAUGGAUAUUCCAUAGCUUAUUCCAUCCUGGACUAUCUCAUUUCAGAGCCGUCAAAAAGUCCAUUCGUACUGUUUAUUACACAUUUUCCGACGUUGCAUGUUAUCGAGCAAAAAUAUGGUACUAUAGUAAAGAACUUCCAUAUGGGAUACAUGGUGGAAAAAAAAGAGGGAGAUUUGCAGGAUCCUGUGUUAGUUUUUCUCUAUAAGCUAGUGGAAGGUGUUUGCGAGAAUUCUUAUGGGCUUAAUGUGGCCAGGAUGGCUUUGAUUCCAGAGGAGGUUAUCUCCAAAGCCUUCGAGAUUUCCAGGGAACUUCAAGCUAAGAUGGAAUUCAGUCGGAGAAGAGAUCUGAUCAGAAAAUCUUUGGCUUGCAUAAGUACUUUACUUCAAGAAGAUGAUAAAGACUCGGUAGAAAAACUAAAAGAGUUGAGAGCUCAACUGGGCUGA